GUGUAUAUAGGAGCCUGGCUGAGGACACACUCACCAGCCUGCACUUUGCCACCUGAGCGCCGCUUCCUCUCAGGAUGAAGGUGACGGUGGGCCCAGACCCUUCCCUGGUCUACCGACCUGAUGUGGACCCAGAGGUGGCCAAAGACAAGGCCAGCUUCCGGAACUACACAUCGGGUCCCCUCCUGGACCGUGUCUUCACCACCUACAAGCUCAUGCACACGCACCAGACGGUGGACUUCGUCAGGAGCAAGCAUGCCCAGUUUGGGGGCUUCUCCUACAAGAAAAUGACAGUCAUGGAGGCUGUGGACCUGCUGGAUGGGCUGGUGGACGAGUCGGACCCAGAUGUAGAUUUCCCCAACUCCUUCCAUGCCUUCCAGACAGCGGAGGGCAUCCGGAAGGCCCACCCAGACAAGGACUGGUUCCACCUUGUUGGGCUCCUGCACGACCUGGGGAAGGUCCUGGCCCUGUUCGGGGAGCCCCAGUGGGCGGUCGUCGGAGACACCUUCCCUGUCGGAUGCCGUCCCCAGGCUUCCGUGGUUUUCCGCGACUCCACCUUCCAGGACAACCCUGACCUCCAGGAUCCUCGAUACAGCACAGAACUCGGCAUGUAUCAGCCCCACUGUGGGCUCGACAGGGUCCUCAUGUCCUGGGGCCACGAUGAGUACAUGUACCAGGUGAUGAAGUUUAACAAGUUCUCACUGCCCCCGGAGGCUUUCUACAUGAUCCGGUUCCACUCCUUCUACCCCUGGCACACGGGCAGCAACUACCAGCAGCUGUGCAGCCAGCAGGACCUGGCCAUGCUGCCCUGGCAAGUUCGACCUCUAUACCAAGUGCCCAGACCUGCCGGACGUGGACAAGCUGCGGCCCUACUACCAGGGGCUCAUUGACAAGUACUGCCCUGGCAUCCUGAGCUGGUGACCCUCCUGCCACCCAAGGUGCUGCUGGACCCAGGCCUGGCCCUCCGCCUGCCUGGAGAGAUCUGGCCCUGGGCAGACAGCCGCCAUCAGGGUUCACCUUGGUGGGGGACCCCACUCAUCCCCUUAGGGUCGCCACCCGUCGUGGCAACUUGUGCCUGGUGGCAAUAAAGACCUGGAAGGACAUUGUGCUUCUGAAGCCUCGCUGGGUGUUACUGCAGCAGGGGGUGGCCCAGGCCGAGUGACCCUGCCAGCAGGGUGGAGGCCAACUCCCAGGCUGAGACGUGUGUGUCCCACCGCACUGGUCGUGGUAAACAUCCGCUCAUACUCCCAGCUCCCAUGUCAGAGCCUGGGGGACAAGUCAUCCAGCUCACCCCCACAAGCUCAAAACAGUCACCAAGUUCUCUGGGCUCCGUCCCCUUAAAAAAUAGCCCAAUAGCUAAAAUAAUGCAUCAUAGAAAACAACAAAAAAAACAAUGCAGGCCGGGCACAGCGGCUCACACCUAAAAUCCCAGCACUUUGGGAGGCCGAGGCGGGUGGAUCACCUGAGGUCAGGGGUUCAAGACCAGCCUGGUCAAAACGGUGAAACCCGGCCUCUACUAAAAAUAUAAAAAUUAGCCAGGCAUGGUGGCAGGCACCUGUAAUCCCAGCUAUUCAGGAGGCUGAGGCAGGAGAAUCGCUUGAACCACGGGAGAAGGAGGUUGCCGUGAGCCAAGAUUGCACCACUGCACUCCAGCCUGGGUACCAAGAGUGAAAUUCCAUCUCAAAAAUAAAAAAUUAAAUAAUAAAAUAAAAUAAAA